GAGAUGGAAAUCGAGGAUCAAUCGCUCAGCAACAAGAAAAUGUCAGAGAAAGAUCUCAAUGACUGGCUUCCAAUCACCAAGUCCAGGAACGCAAAGUGGUGGUACUCUGCCUUUCACAAUGUCACUGCCAUGGUCGGAGCUGGGGUACUAGGGCUUCCUUAUGCCAUAUCUCAACUUGGAUGGGGACCUGGGGCCACUGUCAUGAUCCUGUCAUGGAUCAUCACGCUAUACACCCUGUGGCAAAUGGUGGAGAUGCAUGAGAUGGUGCCGGGGAAGAGAUUCGACCGAUACCACGAGCUUGGACAGCAUGCCUUCGGCGACAAGAUGGGGCUCUGGGUGGUGGUGCCGCAGCAGCUGAUGGUCGAGGUCGGGGUGGACAUCGUGUACAUGAUCACAGGCGGGAAAUCGCUCCAGAAGUUCCAUGACACGGUGUGCCCCGACUGCAAGCCGAUCAAGAUGACCUACUUCAUCAUGAUCUUCGCGGCGGUCCACUUCGUCCUCUCUCACCUCCCUAGCUUCAAUUCCAUCACGGGCGUCUCUCUUGCCGCAGCCGUCAUGUCUUUGAGUUACUCGACGAUCGCAUGGAUAGCAUCAGCGGACAGAGGGGUUCAACCAGACGUCCAAUAUGGAAGUAGGGCCUCGACAACCACGGGCCGAGUGUUCGGAUUCUUCAGCGCACUGGGCGAUAUCGCGUUCGCAUUUGCCGGUCAUAAUGUCGUGCUGGAAAUUCAGGCCACGAUCCCUUCGACGCCUGAAAUGCCGUCAAAGAAACCGAUGUGGAAGGGCGUGGCUUUUGCUUAUGUGAUCGUCGCCUUAUGUUACUUUCCAGUCGCAUUCAUUGGCUACUGGGUGUUCGGAAACUCGGUCCAGGAUAACGUCCUCAUAUCCCUCGAGAAGCCCCGGUGGCUAAUCGCCGCGGCUAAUAUGUUUGUCGUGAUUCAUGUGAUCGGGAGCUAUCAGGUGUUCGCAAUACCGGUAUUUGAUAUGAUAGAAUCGUGCCUGGUGAAGAAAAUGAAGUUCAAGCCGACUAGGAUGCUCCGAUUCAUGACACGCAACUUAUAUGUUGCUUUGACAAUGUUCCUGGCCAUCACGUUCCCAUUUUUCGGAGGGCUUCUCAGCUUCUUCGGAGGAUUUGCUUUUGCUCCUACAACAUAUUAUCUGCCUUGCAUCAUGUGGCUUGCUAUCUACAAGCCGAAGAAAUUCAGCUUAUCUUGGUUCGCUAACUGGAUCUGCAUCAUACUUGGCGUUUUGCUAAUGGUAUUAGCCCCCAUUGGUGCGUUGAGGGAGAUAAUAAUUCAAGCCAAGGACUUCAAGUUUUAUUCUUGA